UCGAAGGGUCGGCGGCCAGGAGCUACCGGAGGUCAGAUCUGACCGAUAAGGCGUUUUGAUUGGGUGUUUAGGUCUGGGCGACGUCUGUGAUUGGUUGUAAAAAAGAAAAUAGGUGAAGUGGAAGCUGUUCGCCGAUCCACUUUAUCGCUGUUUGCUGUAACAUAGCAACUAGGAAUGCAACCUUUACUUUGGUAUUUCUAAUCUAACGAAGCUUCUACCGAGCAGAGCAGCGCAUAAAUAUGGCUUCGGUGGCUCAGUACGGCGGCUCUCGGAGACGAUUCAGUAAAAGCGCACCAGUGACGAAAGAUGAAUUACUCCAGCCUCCAGAUCUCCGACAAGUCACCUUCUUAGAGCAAACGGACUGGCUGAGGAUUCAGGAUAAAGCGAACGGAGUCGACAGAGACGAGGAGCGGCUUAGAGAGGCAGAAAAACACAGGGAGGCCCUGCAUGUGCGGUCAAAACAAGUUACCGAGCUGUGGCCUGACACCGAAGCUGGUCAAAGGCGAGAAAAGCUGAAGGCAAAGAAGGCCCGAGAGCAAGCAGAGGAGGAAAAAAAGAAGCAGAUGGAUGCCGAAGAAGCCAAAUACAGGGAGGAACAGCAAAAAGAGACCUUGAGAAAAGCCAAAGCUCAGCUGUACUACCAAACCGACCGGGUGAAAGGACUACACCGAGCGCUCCUGCUCACAGAGGUGCUGAAAGAGAGGGAGGCUCAGACCGAGCUGCAGCAAAGGAUGAAAAGCGCCACUGAAGACGUGGAGAGAAAGUUCCUGGAAGUAAUAACGAGCAGAGAGGCCGAGGCCUUGAGGAACGAGCAGGAACGGGCCGCGCAGAAGAAGCUGGAGAGACAGGCGGUAGCAGAUGACCUGAAAAACCAGAUGAAGGCACACGAGUUGGCACUACAGCAGCAGAAGCUGGAGCUCCAGAAGGACGCAGAGGAAAUCCAGCAUCUUCAAGAGCGUUACCAGAUGGAGCAAAGAACGGAGUCGGAGCGACGGGCAAACCAGAGGAGGAGCCUCGUUCACGCUCACCUGGAUCAAGUCCAUCAGAGGGCGCUAAGAAAAGAGCUGGAGGCCCAAAACCAGAGAGCUGAAGAGGAACAGAGGAAACUCUUUGCCUCGACCAAACAAGAAAUGACAAAGCUAAGGAAAGAAAGAGAGAAAGCGUUAUUUAGCGAAGCUCAGCGGCGCAGAGAGAGGAUUAUGAAGCAGCUGACGGCCACGCAGCAAGAGCAGACUGCCAACGAGGAGCAGAGAAUAGCCAAGGCUCUGGCCGAGUGGGACGCCAAACAGGCCCAGCAGCAAAGGGAGGAGGAGAGGAAGAAGUCGGAGAUGUUAAAGUCGAUCGCUGCCCACAGGGAGUAUUUGAAAAAGCAAAAGGAGCACUUGGAUAAAAUUGCAGAGCAGGAAACCAGAGACGAUCUGCAGGCUAAGAAGGAAGCUGACAGAAUCCAUGAGCAGAAGCAGCAGCUGAUGGCUGAGAAGAUGAGAGAGGAGCAAAGAAAACUGCGAGAGUUCAACGUCGCGCAAAUGGCGGAGAAAAGCGGCAGGCUCCAGCGGAUGAAGGAGGAGGAACGAGAGCUGGAAGCGAAGAACGCGAAGCUCGCCGCCGACGAGGAGGUCCAGUUCCAGACGUACUCGCGGCGCAUCAUCAGGGCAGCGGCGGACGCUCGGAAAAACGUGUUCCCGCUGUACAAAGCGGCCAGAGGCGGGGUGGGAGGCGGGCACGGGCCCGUACGCGGCGGCGUUCGGCCCAGCUACCUGGUCCAGGACAGCACCGGAGCUCAGAUGCCCAGAUACGUGUCCGUGACCACAGAGAGCAUCAGGAAGCUUCACGAGGCCGGAGACAUGGACGAGGCCAAGAAGAGACUGGGUUUCACGUGGUGAUGGCUCGCUCACUGCCGGGUGAGUCGCUUAGCAAACGCUUUCAGACCGCGUCAGCUCAGUUUGUCACGUUACAGCCACCAACUCAAUGCGCUCCACUGGGAUCUUAUGUGACAACACAAAGCAGGGCAGAAUUAUAACGAAGAAGCUAAAGCUUUUCGACAUUUUUUUUUUUUUUUUUUACAAAUAAAAAUUUAAAAAGUAUGGCAUGAAUCUGUAUAAACUUAAAAACAACCAAAAACAUCGCCUCGUCGCCUUUUGUAGCGGUGACAGCCACACGUUCUUUGGGGGGGGGGGUUAUUGCUACCAUUGUUGGCCUUUUAAGAGGGUUUUAAAGUUCCCACACAAAUUUUGAAUCGCACUUAGGCCUGGACUUUGACUAGGCCGUUGUAACAAACCAAUGUGCUUUGAACUACACUUUCAGCCUCUAACAGGUGUUUAGCUGUUCAGGAAAAAUCCUCCCCACACAUAGCAUCGCGCACAAGUUGAGUUUUGAGUGUUAUGUGACCCGCAGCACCUUCUACCACAGUGGUUCUCAACCGGUGGGGCGCGCCCCCGCGGGGGGGGCGCCGACACUCUCCCGGGGGGGCGCGAGUAGGCUACAGGAUGGGAGUGGAAAAAAACUGGAAAAAAAAAA